AUGGGUGGCAAAAACAAGAAGAGAAAGAGAGAAGAAAAGCGAGGCACGAUUCACCCCAACAACAAGUACUCUGAAAACCCACCUGAUUUUCCUCAUUUAGCUUCUCUCUACCCAUCCUUCCAACCUUUUCUCCAAUACUCUCAUAACGGACACCCUAGAAUCGAUUGGACCGAUUUCAACGCCACUCGCGAACUCACCCGUAUCCUACUCCUCCAUGAUCACUCUCUUAACUGGUGGAUUCCUGAUGGCCAACUCUGUCCCACUGUACCAAAUAGGUCUAAUUACAUUCACUGGCUUCAAGAUCUUCUCUCAUCUAACAUCAUUGUUCCAGACACCAUUUCAUCUGCUGAUCAUAGUAAGGUUAGAGGAUUUGAUAUAGGAACUGGAGCCAAUUGUAUUUAUCCACUUCUUGGUUCAUCCCUUUUCGGAUGGACUUUUGUAGCCUCAGAUGUAACUGAUGUUGCAAUUCAGUGGGCGGAGAUAAAUGUUAAUAGUAAUCCACAUGUUUCUGAGUUGAUUGAAAUUAGGAGGGUACAAUGCAAUGCAACUACUUCCGGGUUGUUGCAGGAUGAAGAGCCCGUACUUAGUGCCACGGAGGUAGAGAAUUUACCGAAGUUGCCUCUUGAUUUGAAUGCGUGUGAGCAUAACAGUUAUCGUGGACCUCCCAUACUUGUUGGUGUAGUCAGGGAGGAUGAGAAGUUUGAUUUUUGUAUGUGUAAUCCUCCGUUUUUUGAAAGCUUGGAGGAAGCUGGACUUAAUCCCAAAACUGCUUGUGGUGGCACUUCUCAAGAAAUGGUUUGCUUUGGUGGUGAGAAGGCCUUCAUUACUCGCAUUAUUGAAGAUAGCACUCAACUCAAGCAUAAUUUUAGGUGGUUCACUUCAAUGAUUGGUAGAAAAUCAAACCUCAAGUGUCUUACAUCAAAACUUUGGGAAGUUGGAGUCACUGUAGUGAAGACAACUGAAUUUGUCCAGGGCAGGACAUCCCGAUGGGGGCUUGCUUGGUCUUUCUUGCCUAUUGUGCAACAUAAGUCAUCAAUUUCCUUGCCGAAUAAGAAUAACAUGUCCUUCAUGCUUGAGGGUCUUCAACGCAAGGAUGGGGCCAUUAAUGUGUUGGAAGGUGUCAAGUCUUACUUUUCCUUGCAUGGUCUCUCAUGCACAAUGGACACCUCCUCUUUCACGGUGGAUGUUGUGGCAACAAAAGAUGACUGCAAUUCAAUUUUGAAGAAUGAAAUGCCCAUAAUCAAUCUAUCCACUGAUUAUCAACCUACAGAGAAGAAGACAUCUGAUAGAUCAAAUGUUAAUCUCUCUUGUGAUAGAUCAGGCCUUUGUAUAUCGGUUUUUCAGCAAAUCCCUGGGACACUGUUGGUGAAAGGUUCAGUACAAGAUAAGAAUAGCCCAUUAUCAGGAGCAUUCUCAGUGAUUUUCCGCAAACUGGAAGAAGUGUUACAGAAUAAAUUUUGUACCCGAUCAGUAUAG